AGGGCUUAGCCGACCUUCGGGUGUUAGUCAUAAAAGAAGAUUGAUUUAUUUUACGGGCGUACCGCUUCACCCGCAUAUGGCAUGCAAGGCGACUCCUGGACGAAUUACGAGCAUAAUCGUGCGUUAAAAAGCGAUGGUUCAGCCAACAGCGUUGGAUGUGCAUUGUUUUCACAGAACCCUUUCCACUAUGCUACAGAAAAGGCGAGGAGGAAGAAGGACAAUCUAACUGCCCAUCCUACACCCUUGCAGCAGAAGGGGGCGCACUACGGACCAUGAAUAUAUUGUUAGAUAGUGGGAACCAAUGAUCUUAAACCAUCUGUGCUGCUUCAGUACUCCGAACAUGAAGGCCCUGUUACUGCAAGUCGUGUCGGUCUGCUGCACCGUUGGCGCAUCAAGUCUGCCUUACGACGCCCCGGUCGUUCGUACGAACCUUGGUGCAGUGGCUGGAACCCGGUUGACUGCAGAAAAUGGAAAAAGUGUGGAUGCCUUCUAUGGAAUACCAUAUGCUAUUCCGCCUACUGGCAAAAGGCGAUUUCUGAGACCUCAUCCACCAUUCUCUUGGAACGGAGUCCUCAACGCCACUCAUCGAAAUCCUGGGUGUGUUCAAACUGAUCUGAUUGUGGUGCUUGAUGUAACGCUCAAUAUGAGUAAUACAGUAGAAGACUGCCUGUACCUGAACAUCUGGACGCCUCGCAGAGACUGUUCCAUUGUAGGCUCCUGUAGCAAACCACUCUCUGUACUUGUCUACAUAUAUGGCGGUGGCUUUAGUUGGGGUACCAGCGCCUUGCUCUUGUACGACGGCCUUGAGUUCGCAUCUCGAGCAAACAUGGUGUUUGUGUCAUUCAAUUACCGCGUUGGAAUUCUCGGUUUCCUCAACGCAUCGUCCCAGGAAGCUCCGGGAAAUAUGGGACUCUAUGACCAAGUUGAAGCUCUGCGAUGGGUGAAGGACAACAUCCACUACUUUGGUGGGGACCCGGAAUCCGUCACAAUCGCAGGACAAAGCGCUGGUGGCAUUUCUGUCAGCUACCUUACGAUGUCAAAGCUUAGCAAAGGACUUUUCAGAAGAGCUGUCAUAUUAAGUGGCACCCCCGGAACACUCGCGUAUGGAAAAGCUGCAGAUGCACACCAAAAUUUCCGAAGCGCGACUUCCUUGUUUGGAUGUAGUGACCCUUACAAACCAUGGGACGAGCAAAUCAGUCAGUCGAUAGAGUGCCUUCGCAAGGUUGAUCCUCACGAAAUGGUAAAUAGCUUAUACAAACACCUCAUGCUACGGUACAUUACAUUCUUGCCAGGCUACGGUGACGACGUUUUGCCAAAUGACCCCUUAGACCACGACAGCAUGAACGUUCACACGAAGGAACUGUUGCUGGGUGUCACCGAAGACGACGGAGCAUUCCUUGUGAGUCAGUUCUAUGCAGCAUCCGAGAAGUACGGAAUACACUUCGACGGGAGGCAAAUUCUGCGUAUGGUACUAAUGAUACUGUAUCAAAUGUCCCUACGCAACUCAAGGGCAAUCAACGAGGAGUACUUUGGGGACUCCGAUGAUAUUGAUGACAGCACGUUGCGGAAAACUUUCGCUCAGAUAGUGACUGACCUCGCGUUCGAGUGCCCAGCUGAUACGUUUGCAACUACAGUGUGUGAAAACGGCGCAACAGUCUACCGUUACGUAUUUAGUCACAGGCCCAGCUAUAGCUACUGGCCAGAAUGGACCAGCGCCACGCACAACGAUGAUGUACCUUUCUUUCUCGGAACAAUAAGGAUUGACCCUGAUGUCUUGAACGCUACAUAUGGAAGUGACUUGGGAUCACUUUACAAAGGACAGUUACCGACUGCAGAAGAGUUCCAAUUUUCAGACGAAAUGCUUGAAACUGUGGCACAGUUUGCGAAGACUGGCAAGCCAAAGAUCCCCAAGACUGAUAAAGAGUGGCCGAAGUACACCAAAGAGAACAAGGCGUACCUCAUUUUGAAGCCGAACGACUACAAAGUCGCACACGGACCUAGGUCAACCAAGUGUCACCUCUGGGAGCCCUACCUCGUAAAAAGGAAAGCAACUACACCUCACCCCACUCCAGCUCAAAAACCGAGGCCAACACCGAAACGUGGACACGAAAAGAGACCCAAGAUCAAAGUGCAACAACUAGACAACAACAUCGCAGCAGCAUCGAGAGCCUCGGCGACCGUGGUGGAAGCAGCGACGUUCGUUUUGGCAGCUGUAACAGUAUUGCUUACGACGAGAGAACUGUAACCUACGGAACGGUUUUCCACGUUUUCAUAGUCGCGCAGUGCCCCCUUGUAAUCAGGAAGUGACGCAAACUGUCAGACUACAGGUUACUAUAUACCUGUACCCCAUACAGCUUCACCUUUCUAGCAUCACUCAAACAUUAGACAGACACUACAGAAGCAAGAGUUACAUCUUGCCAAUUUUCUUUACGGGUCAGUUCCUUAAUACUUAAUGUAAUUGCUACUGAGUUGACCUUCCCUUCAUUUCCUUUACCACACAGUAUGAACAUCCGAGAAAGCUAAGGCUAUUGUGCUAAAUCUUCCGCUGAUAUGCGAGGUCGUCUGGCUGCAAGGAUACACCUACUUCAUCAGUUCCUGUGCGUUUCGUAAGGGGGGCGUGCAAAAUACACUGUGCGAACACCAGUGUGUACUUUUUACAGUGUGCGUUUGUAUCAAACGUACGUGUGAUCAACAACGCUCGAUAUUAUUCCACGCGCCCCAAUUAUGACACUUAUAUUCAUUUCAAAUGCAUAGUUGUAUUUUUGGGUAGUAUGUACAAUCCAUUAAACUGGGUUGUGAACAUCGAGGCUCGCAUUGCCUUAGUUACAUAGGCCAUCUAAAAACCUAAGAUAGAAAGAUUAUCGCAUCCCUAGUCACACUGGGAAUGCUAGAACAGGACACGUACAUAGACGUCGAAAAUUUCAGACUUUUGUGAAAGAUAGAUCUAUAAUUCGAGCCAUCAUCCUUUUCUUUUUUUGCAUGCUCAACACGUCUCCACUUUUCAACGCCUGUAUAUAUGUCAUUCAAACAUCCUACUUACCAACCUACUAGCAAGAGUUGCUAUCCAUCUGGGUCCUGUUGGCGGCGUCUGCAUCGUAUUUAAAAUUAUGCAUUUUGUCUGCUUGUUACGAUUUGUCUCGCAUUUGAGCAUAGGCCGCUAGGGAAAUUUGUAGCAUUCCCUCGUCAUAGCUCAAGGAAAGUGGCUCAAAGUCUUGUACUAUGCAAGUGUGUAGCAGACGUACAGCUCUUGUCGCAUGAAUGAAACGGGUCGUAAUUGUGUAAACUUUCCUUUGUGCCCCAGCAGGAGGAUAUUUCCUCAUAAACAUUGUAUCAUUUCACAAACUGUUAUAUUGUGUGCUUAUCAUGUGAUUAAUAAACACAAAAUAAUAUGUA